CCCUCCACAACUCAAGCUUGAAGGACUAAACCAAGUACAUCUUGUACCAAGCUGCUUGCCCUCAAGUCCUUCUUGCCUCCCUUUCUUGAGAAAUAAUCCUUUGUUGUUUCAGUUCAAAGCUGCCAAUUAAUUAAGAUGUCUCCAGCAGCUGCCACCGAAACCAUCGACUCGACCGACGCCCCCAAGAGGGCGUACGUCACAUUCUUGGCUGGCAAUGGUGACUAUUGGAAAGGUGUGGUUGGACUGGCAAAGGGUCUCAGAAAGGUCAAAACCGCCUACCCUCUCAUUGUAGCAGUCCUCCCCGAUGUUCCCGAAGACCAUCGCCAGAUUCUCGAGUACCAGGGCUGCAUCGUUCGCGAGAUCGAGCCCGUUUACCCACCCGCCAACCAGACCCAAUUCGCCAUGGCAUAUUAUGUUAUCAACUACUCAAAGCUUCGGAUUUGGGAGUUUGUGGAGUAUGAGAAGCUGAUAUAUCUGGACGGGGACAUCCAAGUAUUCGAAAACAUAGAUCAUCUGUUCGAGAUGCCGAGCGGGCAGUUCUACGCGGUGAUGGACUGCUUCUGCGAGAAGACAUGGAGUAACUCUCCACAGUACAAGAUCGGGUACUGCCAGCAAUGCCCGGACAGGGUUGAGUGGCCAGUGGAGGAAAUGGGAAAUCCGCCGCCCCUUUACUUCAACGCUGGGUUUUUCGUGUACGAGCCGGACCUGGUGACCUACGAAGAUCUGCUGGAGACUUGCAAGGCCACCACUCCAACUUUGUUCGCGGAGCAGGACUUUCUCAACAUGUACUUCAACCACAUCUACAAGCCCAUCCCUCCCGUUUACAACCUCGUCAUGGCCAUGCUAUGGCGCCACCCCGAGAACAUCGACGUUGACAAAGUCAAAGUUGUUCACUACUGUGCUGCGGGAUCAAAGCCGUGGAGGUACACAGGAGAAGAGGAGAACAUGGACAGAGAGGACAUAAAAAUGCUGGUGAAGAAGUGGUGGGAAGUUUAUGAAGAUGAAUCUCUGGACUACCACAACCUUGUCAAGUCUGAAACCAAAGAAGAAACCAAGCUCACGCCAUUGAUCUCUGUGCUCCCAGAGGCUGAAGUUGUCAACCACAUCACAGCCCCUUCUGCUGCUUAAUUUCCCUUCAUCUUUAAUUUAUACCCUAUAUAUAUAUACAUAUAUAUAUGAGUGUGUUGUGUGGUCAAAUGGUCUAUAUAUUAUUAUAAAUUAAGUAUCAACUGCAUGUGUGUUUAAGGUUAAUUAAGGUUUAAGGUUUUAUGUAUGGUAGCCCUUUAAUUUGGUGGGGGGUUGUGUUGACUGUUUACUGUUGAUCGUUGUAUGUGUCUUUUGCAUGCAACUCCCCCACCUUGUUGUUCAUGGGCUACACUAUGCAAAUUUUAUGAAUAAGGCUGAUUUUAUUCUGCCUUUCCUUUUUCCUUUA